ACCGCUGUAGAAGAAGUAUCACAGGCACCAUCCCACUUCCGUUUUGAAGUCGAUCAUGUCGUUUUGCUCGUGGGACGGAGGCGAGAAAUACAGAAACCACUUUGAAGCUGGAAUUUAUAUUUGUCCCAAAUGUGGUCACAAGCUCUUCAGUGCCAAGGCAAAAUACAAGCAUAAUACACCUUGGCCAGCAUUUACAGAGACAAUCAGAGCAGACAGUGUGUCAAAAGCUGAUGAAACUGAACCUCAGACAAGCAGUAAGGCUAAAGCGCUAAAGGUUAGCUGUGGUAAAUGUGGCAAUGGUCUAGGACAUGAAUUCAUAAAAGAUGGCCCUGAUGGAAUCUCCUCAAGGUUCUGAAUCUUCUCUGACUCACUGCAGUUUGUCCCCAAACAGGAGGAACAAGUCAGUGGGACAGCAUCUAGUUAUGUAAAUGGAAAAAACUAAAUAACAAAGCUACAUUGCAUUAAUAAGUCCUACAAACAGGUUG